AUGACUGCGGUUUCACACCUCGCCCCCGAAUUCGGGAUCGACGUCAAGAGAAUCUCGGAAAUCUCCGGCAUGGCGGAGGCGACCAUCCUGACGUCGUACGCGGACAUGUACCCGUACGCGGCGAAGAUGCUGCCGGAGGCGUACGUGGAGAGGAUACCGGAGCUGGAGGCGCCCAAGAUGGACAAGGGCGACGCCGCGGCGUUGGAGGCGGGACUCGCGGGGCUCAUCGGCGGCGACGCGGAGGACGGCGGCGGGGGGGCGCUCUCGUUGCCGCCGCCGUGA